GUGAUCAGAGAUGGCGGGCGCCUCCGACCCCCUGGAAGAUAUGCUCUUUUCAGAGGUGGAUGAAAAAGCUGUAAGCGACCUAGUGGGCUCGCUGGAGUCACAGCUUGCUGGCCAAAGCAACCCAGCAGGUAAAACAGACGAAAACGGAGGCGCUGGCUCAGUGGCGCCUGCUAACCAUCACUUAGGAAAAACGCUACCAGCUCCAGUGGGCACCACAACACUAGAACAACAACAACAAGGACGGCGUAAUAAACCUGAGAUGCGCCAGGAGAUCAACUCUAAAGACGUUAGCCCGGAUAAAACUGUCACAUCUCCUUCUCUGGGCUGUACCCCGUCUUUUGGCGAGCCAUUCACCACUUCGGCUGCCUGUGUGAGCGCCACUAACAGCGGUUCGCAAUCACAUGGAGCAUCCAUCACAACACUGACUGCAUCUGGUGUGUCAACUUUGGCAUCUCCGCCAGCCAGCAUCAGCACCGCAUCCAGCCGCGGCUCUAAGGUUACCCCGGGCACAGGCGAGGCGUCGACAGAAGCUAACCCGGCGAGAAAACGCAUCAGCACGCCACGGAGGAGCGCUUCGGCUCGGAUAAAGAGUUUAAACGGCGCAGCUGUAACGACGAGGAGGAACAGCAACACAGCGGUGGCCGAAAACGCCAGCUCCGUGGAUCCCAGUGCAACUACACCAAACUCUUCUCGGCCAGUGACAUCCUCUAUUAACACUUCGACUUUCACUCUAUCUAACGCUAGCCUGCCGGUAGGUCAGUCGGCUAUUGCUCUCGACCGGGGGACUCCUACCAUUGCCUUGCAUAGACUCCCGAGUCACAUUGUAGCCAGUAUAGCCCAGAACGGCAACGGGACUAGUGUUUUGGCCUUGGUCCAGCAGGGAGCUCGCAUAGGACCCAUCACUUCUUCUGCUUCACAGGAGAACCACAGCAAAACGGUCACAGACACUGGGGCUUCCAAAACAGACGAUUGUCAGUCCAAAAUUGUAAUGUCAAGCCAGUCUGGUGGUGUCAAUUCUGUAAUAAACACUGUUUCCUCUGCAUCCUCUGUUGUCACCCCAGCAACAACUACAGCAGCAGCUACAACAACCACAACAGUGACCCAGCCUGUGAGCUCUGCCACAGCCGCUGCGUGUGUCACAGCGUUGGCAACUACUUCCGUAUGUGGUACCGGUCAGACUACAUCGGUGACGACCACAAUUGGCAUGGUCAGACCCACAGCUCCCUCUCCAGCACCUGCUGUGGCCACCCCCGCACAGUCUCAACCCCGUCCCGGACAUACAGCACCUCAAAGGAUCGUAGCCCCCCAGCUGAUUGUCAGACCACCUCAACAGCAGACGACCAUUCAGCUGCCCCCUGGGUUUACCAUCCCGCCGGGAAUGGUGUUGGUGCGUACGGAGUUGGGCCAGCUGGUGAUGGUUCCUCAGCAGGCUUUGGCUCAAGCUCAGGCUCAAGCUCAGGCCCAGGCCCAGGCCCAGGCCCAGGCCCAGGCCCAGAACAACAUCUCUCCGCGACCUGCUACCCCCACCACAGGAACAACCUUCAGAGUAACAACUCCACAGAAGGGCCCUGUGGCACCGGCCGUGGCUGUGACGGCUCCGCAGCAGACCCCUGUGGUUAUGGCCCCCCAGGCCCCGGCCCAGGCUACCUCACAGCCAGUGCAGCCUCCACAGACGGGCAUCGCAGCGGCCCCCGGAGCUUCUGUUGUGUCCCAGGAAAUGCAAGAGAAUGUGAAGAAGUGCAAGAAUUUCCUGGCCACACUUAUCAAGCUGGCGUCUCACAAUUCUCCGUCCCCUGAGACUUCCAAGAACGUCAAGGCUCUGGUUCAGGACUUGCUGGAUGCCAAGAUUGAACCGGAAGAGUUCACCAGCCGGCUGCAGACUGAACUCAAGUCGUCUCCGCAGCCUUACCUGGUGCCCUUUCUCAAGAAGAGCCUCCCGGCCCUGAGGCUGUCUUUGCUGAAUAGUCAGCAGUCCCUGACCCAGCCCCCGCAGCAGGGAGUGAAACCGGCACCCGGUGGCGUCCCCCCUGCCAUUGUGGCUGGGCCAGCUGUCCGCAUACGCCACCCUAACAGCAUCAGCACCACUAUGGGUGCCAGUGCACUGCCUGCUGGGACGCUCGGACAUGCAGCUGCAAUGGGUAUCAAGACAGUGGGCCCUGUCGGUGGCCAGGUGCGGAUGCCUGUGGUGAUCACGCAGUCUAUCAGAGCGCAAGGCACAAUUGGGAAGGGAGCUGUCACCCAAGCAGGGAAAAGUCCCGUGGGCUUGGCUGUUCAGAUCUCUGGGAAUCAGAAAAACAAGCUCAAUGACCCCGGAGGAGGCUCUUUCAGGGAUGAUGAUGACAUCAAUGAUGUGGCAUCCAUGGCCGGGGUGAACCUGAACGAGGAGAGCGCUAGAAUACUUGCCACCAACUCUGAGCUAGUGGGAACGCAGAUCCGCUCGUGCAAAGACGAGGCCUUUCUCCACCCGGGACUGCUACACCGACGAAUUCUGGAAACCGCCAAGAAGUUUGGAGUCACAGAUGUUCCAAUGGAGGCAGUGACAUUCAUCUCGCAUGCCACACAGUCACGACUUCGCACUGUGGUAGAAAAAGUUUCUACUAUCGCACAGCAUCGACUGGACUCCUGUAAGGACGAUGAGUGCUACGAGCAGUCUGCAGACGUUCGCUCUCAGCUCCGCUUCUUCGAGCAGCUGGAGAGAAUCGAGAAGCAGAGGAAGGACGAGCAGGAGAGAGAGAUCCUUUUGAAAGCAGCUAAAAGUCGCUCCAGGCAAGAGGACCCAGAGCAAGCUAGACUGAAACAGAAAGCUAAGGAGAUGCAACAACAGGAACUGGCGCAGAUGAGGCAGCGAGAUGCCAACCUUACAGCACUAGCUGCCAUUGGACCCCGCAAAAAACGCAAGGUGGAUUCACCAGGGGCCACCCCAUCAGGGACAGAGGUUUCAGGUAGCACGGCAGGUUCCCCGGCCAGCUCCUCCGUCCCAUCCACCUCAUCGCGCCAGUACACACGGCAACGCAUCACUCGCGUCAACCUCAGGGACUUAAUUUUCUACAUGGAGCAGGAGAGAGAGACCGCCCAUUCCCUCCUCCUUUACCGUGCCCUGCUCAAGUAGCCUCUGCUCCGCUCAGCGGCCACUUCAACCUCCUCCUCCUCCUCCUUCCCAGCCACGUGCCUUCAGAUCAGGUCUAAUGUUUCAGCUCUGUGUCUCCAUAUGUACUGUAGUGAUGUUUGAUGUAGCUUUUAAUAAGAAGACAAAGAGACAGAGAGAGGAAAAAAAUGUACAAAAAUAAAAAUGUUGUUCCAUGUCUUCUCUGUUUAGCCUCACGGUAUGUAGUUAGAUCAUUCAGUUUAAAGGCCAUAUCAAAUUCUUUGUGUUAAAGUUGGAUUUGUUAGAGGAACAAUGUUUUUAUGUCACAGGACUAGACCCAGAACUUGUUUCAUGUAUGUUGGGUAGCUGUUUAUUUGACAUCACUGGCAAUAGCUUCAAUGAUCCACCUCAAAGUCAGGAUUAUUUUGGAGAAGAGAAUUAUAUUCACAUGUCGACACAGCCUACGAUAUUCUCCCCAAGCUAUUUGUUGAACAUAGUUCAAUGAAUGUAGUUUAGCUAAACUUAAUAAAUGAGCCUUUCCAGAUUUCUGUACUGAGACAUCAUUUUGAAACAUGAUUCCAGAUAACAGCAUCGCGAUCAAUUUCCUUACAUGUAAAUAGUUCUUUUUGAAUUAUUUUACAGCAUGUAUAAUUUUAACACUUUGUAAGAAAAGGAAUAACACGUGUCAAUAUUAUGAAACCUGUUGUUAUGUAAAACCAUGUGCUUUGAAUGAGUCAAAUUUAGACAUAUUUAGUUCACCUGCAGUGUAUUUGUUACAAGACAGAGUCUCCCUGACCCUUGCGCAGAGGUCAUUCAACAAAACAACAGCCCGUACUAUGACGCAGUUUCUGAUUGAUCACCCUUGUAUGUUUUUUUUAUCCACACAUAAUGUGAACAGUGUCUUUUAUAACAAGAUGUUUCUAAGUUGUGUCCCAUCAUGCCCACUUCUUCAACAUACCUUUUUAAGAAGGUAAGUUUUGGUUUAGAGAGGUUGAUAUUGUAGGUGUGGCAGAGUGAAACCUCUGAUCAAAACAGACAUUCCUUUAUCUUUCCCUCUCACUGUCUGCACAUUGAUGAUGUUUGAAAAAAUGAGAUUUCAGC